AGUGUGACACAUCUGCCAGAAGAUGGCAGCCUCCACCACAUUGUGAAAUAAAUAAAUAAACAUGUAGGAAUAUAUAUUUUGUAAUGAGGUGGGAGGGAAAAAAAUCCCCGGAUUGGACCGUAAACAAGAAGCAUGACAGAGUCAGAGAGACGGACAGAGAGAUGACAGGGUGAUGUGGAGCCCGCUGUGAGCCGACACGGAGGAGGAAAAACACCGAAAGGCUGUUGGGAGCACGCUGAUGUACAGGCGACUAAACUGGGAGACAUCAUACAGAGCUUCUUGGGGACAAGGAAAGGAGGCUACACUGAAUUCUGCACGUAAGAGAAACACGCAGAUGACUGUGGAGAGAACAUCAUCCUCCACAGCCCGGCCUUUAUAGACGAUGGACAAAUCAGCAAAUGUCUCUUUUCUUGACCACCCAGGAGAGGCGAUGGAGGGUUAAUCAUAUGCUCCGUCAAGAGUGAUCACAAACCAAACCAGCAGAGACCUCAUUCUCCAGUACUCAAGACGCCAUUGAAUUCUUUCUGGGGGCGACAAACACAUAACCCACAAAUUUGCUUAUCUCAGUCAAAGGAAGCGCGUUGAUAAAAGUCAAGAAUAAUUUCUGUUUUUCCAGCCACGGCCUGCUGGAGGUUCUCAGAGAAGCUUUUGGGAGGGUGAUGGGUAACAAGAAUAUCAUUCCACCUAAAGGUCCCGACAGUGGGACUACACAGAGAGAGGAAGACGUUUGCACCAACAGUGUCACAGGAUGUGUCUCUGGAGACGGACCGCUGGGCCCCAGCCCGGAGCUACUGGCCUCUCUUCAGUCCCUCCGAGAGAACAGUGACUACACACUGCUGCCGCAAUCCCUGCAUCAGAUUGCAGAGGCCUACUCGAUCAAAGAGGACUACCAGUGGGCCAUCCAGUUCCUUCAGUUAGAGAAGCUCUAUCAUGAACGUCUGCUGUCUAACCUCGCCGCCCUGCAGGAGAACUGGGAGAGCCAGUUGAGGGAGAAGAAGAACACUGAGAGUAGUUUGCCCACUGAGACAGAUGGCAUCAGCCAAAAACACAUUGAGACCCUGAGCCAGAUCUGCAGGACACACCUCAGACCAGCCAUCAGUGUGGAACAGACCACACUGAAUACAACGCCGUCAGACACUGAGAGCAAGAACGAGAUGCUGCAAUCCUGUCAUGAUGAAGUCAACAAGCCUGAAACAACUCACCUGGACGUUGAACAAGAGCAAAGCAUGAAGAGCUCAGAAUCAGAGCUUCCCUCACCACACACAGGCCAUCAGGAGGGAGGUGAGGAGGAGGAAGGAGGAGAAGAAGAGAUGUACGAGGAAGGACAGGAAGUAGAAGUGGAGGAGGAGGAGGACGACGACGAGAUGCCGCGUGAGGAGACACCAGAAGAGGAGGAGGUGAAGGUGGAGUGGCCAACAGGAGUCCCCCAGGCUUCAGACAAAGACCUGGCCAAGCUGUCCCACACAGAGGGGAGUUCAUCUCCAGAUGGUCUGGUCUCUAUUCUGAAGAGGAGGCGAGCAUCUCUAGAUGGAUUGCCUCCCCCAAACAACAUUGUUACCAAACAAAUCUCCAAGCGCAAAGUACGCUUCAGUGAGCCAGAGGACGGCACUGAGCAAGAUGACGUAGGUGGAGAUUCCUGCCUGAUCCUGUUGUUGCUCUGUCUGGUUACCGUGGUGAUCAGCAUAGGUGGAACCGCCCUGUACUGCACCCUGGUGGACACUUACUCCAACAUUUGCACUGACUUCAGUCACAACGUCGACUUCUACAUCACAAACGUACGGAGGUUCUUUGAAGGGCUUGGACACUGGCUGCCCCUCCGGACUUAGACUCUUUCAUCUAUAUUCCAGACAUUUGUACUGUAAUGGGAAAUGUCACAAAGAGAGUGAGGAUGAGAAAGCUUGGCUCUCCAGUUUGGAGUCAACAUGACAGGCAUAAGCUUCAAUUUCUUCUACAGUGACUGAAGCUUUGGAGUAAUUUAACACACUAAGAUUGAUGAUGAACCUCAGCCAUCAGUCCAAGAUUUAUGAAUAACUAAAGGGUGCUCAACGCAACACCAAACAGUAAAAACUCUUAAGACUCAUUGCUCAAAAACUCUUGUUUACUACUGUUUGUGUGGAUAUUUCAUCUUAGGCUGAACAGAUACCACACACAAGUGUUCAUUACUCCUAAUAAUAUUUAUGUUAACAGAAGAAGUAAGUUUAUCUCUUACUAGUGUUCCUCUCAUCUUUGUAGCAGUCGUAGCUGUCGAUACAUUUGUCUUUUGUUACAGAAGCUUGUCAUUACGAUCAUUAGGAUCGUUCAAUGGGCCAAAUGAUGAUUUUCUUUCAAAUUUAUGUUACCAUUAUCUUUUGCACUGUUAAACAAAGAUCCUUGUGUUUCCCUCAAUACAAGUUACUCUAAACAUUCCUUGUAUCAUUUUAAAAAAGACGGUUUAAAGAGAAGCAUUGUACUGUCUGUGAUACUGGUACAAAGUGCCCUAUUAAUAACAAAGCGUAGUAUCAUAAAACAGUCUGCAUGAAUGAUGCUGUAUGUGUAGUGUCCAUAAGGAGUUUUAGCGCUUGGUAUGAAAAAUGAAAAAGUCUACCAGCUUAUGACAAAACACAUUUCAGUGUCAUCAUGGUUUUCAGUUUGGAUUACAGUAACUCAGGCACUUACCCUGUGUUUAUACUUUUGGUGCUCAAUGUUUUAAUGCUUAUCCUUUAAGUGUGUAACCCUAAAAUUCCUGUUCAACAUCUGGAUUUAUGAUCAAAUCUAGUCUCCUCCUGCAGCGUGCAAACAGCCACAUCAUGACAGUAAAAACUCAAUGUGGAACAAAGUUACAUUUGAAUUGUGUUU